GGAAGAAGUGACACAAUUGUUUCCCUAAGUGUAAAUGGUGAGAAGUCGCAUAGUCUAUAUACUGCUCCAGUGAUACCAUAGACUACAGACCGCACGUCUAUACAAGCCACAGAGCCGCUAUGUAAGAGCUCGGAGAGAACAUGGCAGACCAGACACACACAUACGGCUGAAACUGUCAGCGAGCGGAAGAGUUAAACCAAGGGGCGUCACCUACCUGCUGCCACGCCCCGCCCUCACCGUGACCACGCCUUCGCCACAGCCCUCCACCCAAUCAGCGACAAGUAAAGGAAAUGCGGGAAAAUCUAAACACAAUAAAACCUAGAAAAAAAGGGGCGUCCUUCCUUAUAAGGGAAUGAGCGCGCAUGCGCACAGCGUCAACUCGGGCUGCCGGGUUCCAAAUUGGAAUGCGGCCCCAGAGAUAGAGCGGAGGUGACGGAGAGAGGAGCGCAGUGCCGGAGCCCAGCUCCCACACCGGAUCCGCCGCACUCUCGGGACUCUGUUGGAUGCACUGAUCACGGGAGCAUGUUAGGACAGCAGCAGCCGCAGGCGUUCUACUACUCGCACGGCGGCAGCGGCGGGGUGGAGGAGAGUCAGCUGGUCACCUAUGUGGAGGACUAUCUGGAGUGCAUCGAGUCCCUGCCCCUGGAGAUACAGAGGAGCGUCACCCUGCUGCGGGAGAUCGACACAAAGUACCGAGAAGCACUAAAGGAGAUAGAUGAGGUCUACGAGAAGCACAUGAAUGAAAAUGAUCCCCAUCAGAAGAAGCGGCUCCUGCAGCAACUCCAGAGGGCACUGAUCGUCACCCAGGAGCUGGGGGAUGACAAGAUACAGCUGGUCACACAGGUUUUCGAGUUAGUAGAAAAUAGGACCAAGCUGAUUGAUGCCCAUUGCAAAGGCUUCAUUGACCCAGAUGAAAAUGAAAAAUCCACAGAAAAGGCAAAAGCUGACACCAAUACAUCAGAGCGCUCUACUCGGCGGCCUCGCAGACAGCGCAAUAGUGAGAGUAGGGACUUGUGUCAUAUGGUGAAUGGGACAGAUGAUUUAGAUGAUCCGCCUAAAGAGAAGAAACCCAAGUCUUCCAAGAAGAAAAAGAGAGCCAAACACAAACCAGAAAGAGAUGUGUCCCCCAUUCCCUUUGCGAUCGAUCCCAAUGAGCCAACAUAUUGCUUGUGUAACCAAGUGUCCUACGGUGAGAUGAUCGGAUGUGACAAUGAAGAGUGCUCCAUAGAGUGGUUCCAUUUCUCUUGUGUUGGACUGACUUACAAACCUAAGGGCAAGUGGUAUUGUCCUGACUGCAGAGGAGACAAUGAAAAAACAAUGAGCAAAAAUACAGAAAAAUCCAAAAGGGACAGAAGGUCCAGAUAGCGCAGGGGAUCUUUCAAAUUUUUUUUUUAUAUAUAAAGUUUUUCUUGUAUAGUCUUGUUUUCCGUCCCCCUCCUUCCCCCUCUGUUUUAGGUAACGUGGACACAUUUUUAAUAGUAAUAAUUGCAGUAUUAAAAGUUUUUUGGGUUGUGAUUAGUCAUUUUCCAGCAAGAGCGACUGAUUUUUAGACUGUGCCAGCCAAAAGCCUAGUCUUAGAGAACUGCAUAACUGCUGUGUUGUAUGGAGUACUAUAGAGCGCUUGCACCUAAGCGUAGUGCGCUUUACUUGUAAUGGGAGAGCACAAUUUCUUCAGGACCUUCACCAGAAGUGCUUGGUUUACGUGCAGAGGAUUUCUGUUACAGCACUGGACACGUACAUUUUAAUACACCUGUUAAGAUUGUACAUAAAGAUGUUUAUACGGUU